CUGACAAAAGACAUUAACCACAAACGUUCCCGACAGUCGGAUUAUAAGGACGCGAGGAGUUGGGAAUAUUCACAUCGUUAAGAAAGAUAACUAAAAGCUUAUUGUAGACAAUCAUGCUUCUCACACACGGUAUAUUAAGUGUUGCGUUUGUUGCACUACUUGGCUGUUGUUUCGCGCAGCCUUGUCCCAAGGAAUGCGUCUGCAGAUCCACACUAGUCAAGUGUCCGGCAGCUGUCGAUUUCCCACAGUCCUUUCCCGCUAAUACAGAGAAAAUUGUUCUGGACGAGCUUACCGUGGUAGAACUUCCCCCAAAAGCUUUCGCAAAACUCCCAAACCUGACUUCCAUCCAUUUCAGUCGCUGUAAUUUCGGUCAAAUCAGCACAUGCGCAUUUCCUGAACGUCAUUCAAAGUUAAAAACUGUAGCCUUUGAUUUGACCGUUAUCGGAGAAAUAAAAGAGGGUGCAUUUAGAAAUCUGGGUGUUACCUCCGUCGCUUUCUCCAGUUCCAGAAUAACUACGGUGAAGGGAUACGCUUUUUGGAACAUUGAUACUGAUUUUAAACUAACUUUCGUAAAGACCACGGUGCACGAAAUUCAACCAUUUGCGUUUUAUAAUGUUAAUUCAAAGCAGAACAUGAAGGUUAGCGGUGGCAAUUUCAAACACAUAAUGAACUCUGCUUUUUCAGACACUGUCUUUAAAUCCGUCGUAUUACAGAAUGUAACUUUUGAAAACCUAGAAUGUAACGCUUUAACGGGACUCGAAAAAGUCCAAACUAUACAGAUAUCACACAGUGAAUUUCUGUGUAACUGCGACAUAGAAUGGAUGAAGGGGGCCACUAAAUCUUCGUUUCUUACCUCGAUAAUCGAAUCAGGAACUUGCAAAGCCCCUUUGACGGGUGCAGUUAUGAAGGAUGUUCUUCAAAACAACGAAAUAAAAAAUUGUCCUGAAGAUAACAAGGCACAUGAUGGUUGUCAAGCGCUUCCUCAAGAAAUUCCCGAAUUUCUUUGUCCAGGGAGAAUCGAGAUGAAUCCAAGCGGAUCACAGAGCCCCGGAUCUCACAAAACGCCACCUGGCGGUGGGUGCGACAAUACUCGGUUUUGUUCUUGGACUAUGGUUGGUGUUAUUGCUAUUUUCACACUUAAUUUUAGAUAAGCAAAAUAGAUAAGAAGCAACCGACAAGCAACCACUGAAUAUGAAACAAUCAUUGGAUAUGAAGCAACCAAUGAAUAUGAAGCAACCUUUGAAUAUGAAGCAACCAUUGAAUAUGAAGCAACCAAUGAAUAUGAAGCAACCAAUAAAUAUGAAGCAACCAAUGAAUAUGAAGCAGUCAAUAAGAAAUACGAAAUACAAUCUCUAUUACUUAC